GAGAGAGAAGUGCAAAUGAGCAUGUGUGUUCCAGAGUGAGUGUGUAUUCAUUAAAAAAAAAAAGAAAAGAAAAGAAAAGGUAGAAACCCCUGGUCAGCUAACAUUCAGGAGAAAAGGAAAAUAAAAAGAAAAAAAAAGCUAACAACCCUGCCUAUCUCCAAAUUUGAGCCCCUCCCCUCAGCAUGUGAGCUGUAAAGAGAAUGACACAUGUGCUGUUUCCUUUCCCAGUUGUCGAAGGGUCAGGAACCAGACAAGAACAAGAGGAGACUUCUCCAGGAGACUCCUGCCUUUUUCUGAUCCUUCCAGCUGUUCUGCUCAAUCUCCCCAGCCCUCCCUGAGCCAGCCGAGACCAGUGGCCCAGGGCGCUCUGGAGUCUGUCAGUUAUGAGUGACCCAAACAGUACAACAGUGGAUGACGGUUCUCAGCCAUGUUUCAUGCUUGGUUGACAGCAGCUCCAUGGCAGUUGGGUAUGGCUCCAGCUCAGCAGCAGGAGACACCAGUCCAGGGAAUGACAUCACCAUCAUUGCAGUUGUGAUUGCUGCUGUGGCCUUUGUGCUCAUCUGCCUCCUGCUUGUAAUUCUGCAUUACAUGUUCCAGCACAAGGGCACCUACCACACAAAUGAAGACAAGGGGACAGAGUUUGCAGAGAGUGCCGAAGAAGCCCUGAAAAACGAUCCAACUCUUCAGGAACCUGGAGAUGAGAGCAAAAAAGAAUAUUUCAUUUGAGAAAGAGGAAUGAUUCCCCUACCAAAAAAAAAAGUCACCACACAGAGAUUUUCUUAACGUUCCCCAUCCUGGAGGAUACACCUUGCAAUACUACAUCUGACAAACAGGAAAGCCCCAAUGCUAUGGCCAUUUUGAGGGGAAGCUGCAGCUGCCACCACCCCCAUUUCAAGGCCAUUUUCUUUUUUCAGGGAGAACUGAAUGCCAGAUUGGGGGUUAUUGAUUUCAUUUGCAAUACAGAUGGUCACCGUUAAAUUCAAUGUCAUGGGAGCAGGGACAUGGGGUAGGGGAGGGAGUGGAAUGGGAAAUUUAAUCAUUAAUAUACUGAUAGGGUAUAAUGAUAUCAAAUGUCAGUCCUUGACAUUUAGGGAAAACAACAGGUGCCAAUGCAAAAAAAAAAAAGAUACCUUAACAGCAGAGGAUGCGCAUGUCCCAUUGAUAUAUAGCAGAGCUAUUGGAAAUAAAUUUUAAAUGGUAACAGAACAUGCUGAACCAGAUAACAUUGUGAUUAUAUGGAAAAACAGAAAACGUGGCCCAGUGCCCUGUCAGGGACUUUUCUCAUCUCUCUUGUGUUGUUUGUUUCUUACUUUUAACAUUAACUAUAUUGGGUGGGUCUGUUUCCAUUUUAGAUAUUUACAAAGCCUAGUAUACUCUGCCAACAACAUGGAACAGAAAUUUAAGAAAAAUUGAUCCCUAAAAAAAAGGGGGGGGUGGAGUGAUUGUCUGGACUCCUGUGGCCUCUUAAGAGAAGGAAGUUACUGGUAUAUCACAGAAUCACAAACCACCAGGGUGAAUAUAUGUGAAUCUUGGCUGAGCAUUUACCAAGGAUGGAAAAGGGGUGACAUUCUCAGGAAACAAGGCCUGAGAUGUCCCAUUCUAUUGGGAUGCAAAUGGAGUGAAAGUUCUCUGGUCUGGGUCUUUUUCACUGUGAUCACUAGUACCAGGAUUCCCAGAAGGAACCUUUUCACUUCUUCAUUUAACAUUAGCAUUGGGUAUCUAUUAUACAACAUAAUCAAGGUGGUUCUGUUGACCCAACCAGUUACUGGAGUUUUUGGAGCAUUCUACGUAUGAAACAUUAAAUGGUUGGAUUUUA